UUUCCUCUUCAACCCUCGAGCCGAAGCGUGGUGGUGGUGGUGUGCCUUGUAAGCAUCCCUCGGUUUGUGUUGAUAUCGCUGUUACUGUCACCUGAGCCAAAGCCUCAAGCAGAAGAAAGAAACAACGAGAUAUGAAGAAGGGUCGGAGUCGGACCCUCCCGGCGGAUCCGAAUGUCCCCCGAUGGGUCUGCCAGAACUGCCGCAACUCCCUCUGCAUCGUCGGCGUCGAUUCUUACGCCGACAAGUUCUUCAACGACCCUUCUCGCUCCGGGAUGCAAGGGUCAUCGAUUCAUGGUGCCAAUAGUGUGAUGAGUACCACUAAAAUGGACAAUUCAUAUGUUGUGUUGCCAAAGCAAAGACCUCAAGCUCAAGGAGUGCCUCCUCGGCCUCGCGGUGAUUCGUCCCAGACUGGAAAGGCAAUGGAAGAGUCGUUUGUGGUUGUGUACAAGUCUGAAUCUGCAUCUGAUGGAGGCGGGACUCACUCGUUGGCACCAGGGGCUGAUCCUGGCGGCCAUUUACAGCCUCAUACCUCUGGAUUUAAUUCUACUAUUACUGUCCUGACUCGGGCAUUCGAGAUUGCCACAACACAGACACAGGUUGAACAGCCUCUAUGCCUUGACUGCAUGAGGAUUUUGUCUGAUAAGCUUGAUAAAGAGGUUGAAGACGUAAACAGGGACAUUGAAGCAUAUGAAGCCUGUCUUAAACGCUUGGAGGGGGAGGCCAGAGAUGUCCUCAGUGAGGCAGAUUUUCUUAAGGAGAAGUUGAAGAUUGAAGAAGAAGAAAGAAGACUUGAAGCAGCAAUUGAAGAAGCAGAGAGACAAAAUACUGAAGUAAAUGCUGAACUGAGGGAACUAGAGUUAAAAUCAACCCGCUUUAAAGAUUUAGAGGAGAGGUAUUGGCAUGAGUUUAAUAACUUCCAGUUCCAAUUAAUUUCUCAUCAGGAGGAGAGAGAUGCAAUAUUGGCGAAGAUUGAAGUUUCACAAGCACAUUUAGAAUUGUUGAAGCGAACAAACGUCCUCAAUGACGCCUUCCCCAUUUCUCAUGAUGGAGAGUUUGGAACGAUUAACAAUUUUCGACUUGGAAGACUCCCUAAAAUUCCAGUUGAAUGGGAUGAGAUAAAUGCUGCUUGGGGUCAAGCUUGCCUUCUCCUUCAUACAAUGUGCCAGUAUUUCCGACCAAAGUUUCAAUAUCGAAUAAAAAUUAUUCCUCUGGGUAGCUACCCUCGGAUCACAGACAGCAGCAACAGUAGCUAUGAGCUGUUUGGUCCAGUUAACUUGUUCUGGAGUACGCGCUAUGACAAAGCAAUGACAUUGUUCUUAGCAUGCCUCAAGGAUUUUGCAGAAUUUGCCAAAUCUAAGGAUCAAGAGAAUAAUAUACCACCUGAGAAAUGUUUCAAAUUACCUUAUAAGAUUGAUAAUGACAAAGUGGAAAACAAUUCCAUCACUCAAAGCUUCAAUAAGCAGGAAAAUUGGACUAAAGCUCUCAAGUACACUCUUUGCAAUUUGAAAUGGGCUCUUUAUUGGUUUGUUGGAAAUACGAAUUUCCAGCCUCUUUCAACGAUGGUAUCUUCACAUGCUGAAGUUCCAGCUGUAGGAUCUUUGCACACGAAGCGUGGUACUGAAACCAAGUCUGAAUCUCGAAACUGAAUAUAUCAUAGGAUUUAGGUAACAAAGAAAUGUGUACAGGUUAAUGUCAGCAGGACAAUUAUAAGGCAGAUUAUUAGGCCUAUUGUAACCAUUAUUUGAUUUAAUAUGUAUUUAUUGUGUUAUAGCUAUUAUAUUUACCUGCUGUAAUUAGAUUUAACUUUCAUCUCUCUUGUAACUAUAAAAAUUGAUGUCUAUUUAAGAAA